AUGCGAACAAGCGCCGAACAAGAUUCGUUCUCCGAGACAGGCAGCGUAUUCGAUCGACGAGCUGCGAGCUCAUCUUGGGCGGUCUGCAUCUUGGGCGGUCUGCGCGGGACGAAUUGGAGAAGGAGCGAGGAGAAACUGUCCGAAGUGAGCCACACCGUGCACAACGACUUGCCGACAGAAGGCGAAUGCGAACAAGCGCCGAACAAGAUUCGUUCUCCGAGCCAGGCAGCGUAUUCGAUCGACGAGCUGCGAGCUCAUCUUGGCCGAUCUGCAUCUUGGGCGGUCUGCAUCUUGGGCGGUCUGCGCGGGACGAAUUGGAGAAGGAGCGAGGAGAAACUGUCCGAAGUGAGCCACACCGUGCACAACGACUUGCCGACAGAAGGCGAAUGCGAACAAGCGCCGAACAAGAUUCGUUCUCCGAGACAGGCAGCGUAUUCGAUCGACGAGCUGCGAGCUCAUCUUGGGCGGAGCGAGGAGAAACUGUCCGAAGUGAGCCACACCGUGCACAACGACUUGCCGACAGAAGGCGAAUGCGAAGAAGCGCCGAACAAGAUUCGUUCUCCGAGCCAGGCAGCGUAUUCGAUCGACGAGCUGCGAGCUCAUCUUGGCCGAUCUGCAUCUUGGGCGGUCUGCAUCUUGGGCGGUCUGCGCGGGACGAAUUGGAGAAGGAGCGAGGAGAAACUGUCCGAAGUGAGCCACACCGUGCACAACGACUUGCCGACAGAAGGCGAAUGCGAACAAGCGCCGAACAAGAUUCGUUCUCCGAGCCAGGCAGCGUAUUCGAUCGACGAGCUGCGAGCUCAUCUUGGGCGGUCUGCAUCUUGGGCGGUCUGCGCGGGACGAAUUGGAGAAGGAGCGAGGAGAAACCGUCCGAAGUGA